GCGGGAAGUGGGUGCGGAGUGACAGCGGGAGCUGGGGCACCGGGCACGGGGCUCGGUGACAGCGGAGGCGGCGGCCGCGGGCUGGACGUAGGGAGCGGCGGCGGCGCCGACGGCAGCGGGCCGGGAGGACGGGGCGGGCUCCCCUGGCGGCGCCGAGCCGGAGGAACUCGGGAGGGGGCCGGCGGGCGCAGCUGGCGGACCGGACACCUGAACUUGGGACAAGUUGCCGGAGCCCGGGAAGCGGGCGGCGGACGGAUUGACCUUCAGAGCUAGGAAGCCAGCGCCAGCGGCCAUGGCGUCGCGCAUCGGGCUGCGCAUGCAGCUCAUGCGGGAGCAGGCGCAGCAGGAGGAGCAGCGGGAGCGCAUGCAGCAGCAGGCCGUCAUGCACUACAUGCAGCAGCAGCAGCAGCAGCAGCUGGGGGGGCCGCCCACCCCGGCCAUCAGCACCCCCGCUCACUUCCAGUCUCCACCCGCUGUGCCCGGGGAGGUGCUGAAGGUGCAGUCCUACCUGGAGAACCCCACCUCCUACCACCUGCAGCAGUCCCGGGACCAGAAGGUGCGGGAGUACCUGUCGGAGACCUACGGAAACAAGUUUGCUGCCCACAUCAGCCCCGCCCAGGGCUCCCCGAAGCCCCUGCCCGCCGCCUCCCCGGGGGUGCGGGCCGGCCACGUGGUGUCCUCCUCAGCGGGCAACAGUGCCCCCAACAGCCCCAUGGCCAUGCUGCACAUCGGCUCCAACCCCGAGCGGGAGUUUGACGUCAUCGACAACAUUAUGUGUCUGGACGACGUCCUGGGCUUCAUCAAUCCCGAGUCUCAGAUGCCCAAUACGCUGCCGCUGUCCAGCAGCCACCUGAACGUGUACAGUGGAGACCCUCAGGUCACAGCCUCCCUGGUGGGGGUCACCAGCAGCUCCUGCCCAGCCGACCUGACCCAGAAGCGUGAGCUUACAGACGCUGAGAGCCGGGCCCUGGCCAAGGAGCGGCAAAAGAAGGACAAUCACAACCUAAUCGAAAGGAGACGAAGGUUCAACAUUAACGACCGCAUCAAGGAGUUGGGAAUGCUGAUCCCCAAGGCCAACGACCUGGACGUGCGCUGGAACAAGGGCACCAUCCUCAAGGCCUCUGUGGAUUACAUCCGGAGGAUGCAGAAGGACCUGCAGAAGUCCCGGGAGCUGGAGAACCACUCUCGGCGCCUGGAGAUGACCAACAAGCAGCUCUGGCUGCGGAUCCAGGAGCUGGAGAUGCAGGCUCGAGUGCACGGCCUGCCCACCACCUCCCCGUCCGGCAUGAACAUGGCCGAGCUGGCCCAGCAGGUGGUCAAGCAGGAGCUGCCCGGCGAGGAGGGCCCGGGGGAGGCCCUGCUGCUGAGGGCCGAGGUCCCCGACCCCGAGUCACUGCCCACUCUGCCCCCCCAGGCCCCGCUGCCCCCGCCGGCCCAGCAGCCCCAGCCACCGUCCCCGUUCCACCACCUGGACUUGAGCCACAGCCUGAGCUUUGGGGGUGGGGGCGACGAAGGGCCCCCGGGCUACCCGGAGCCCAUGGGGCAAGAGCACGGCUCCCUGUUCCCCAACCUGUCCAAGAAGGACCUGGACCUCAUGCUCCUGGACAACUCACUGCUGCCGCUGGCCUCCGACCCCCUCUUCUCCACCAUGUCCCCCGAGGCCUCCAAGGCCAGCAGCCGCCGAAGCAGCUUCAGCAUGGAGGAGGGCGACGUGCUGUGACCCUGGGGACGGGCAGGCCUGGGGCUGGGAGGGCAGGGCCGCCUCCCUCCCCCCUCAGGCUGCACUCGUGUGUGACAUAGCCACCUGCCCUGCCGCCCUCCCUUCGGCCUCUUGUUUGGACUUAGUGCCCGCUUGGCAGCCUGUGGGGUCGGGAGAAGCCCCCGCCCGGCUCAGCACUCCCGGGGGCAGCCCUCCGACGGGGCUGGGCAGGAGGAGAUCUUGGACCGGGCCCCCGGGGCUGUGCUGGAGGUGAGAAUGGGUCCUGGAGGGUCUUGUCUUGGAGCAGGGGGUUCUGGAAGUUCCUUCUCCGAAGCAGAGACGGGUCCAGGGGGAGCCCAGGCCUGCUUUUCUGGGACUCAGAUGGCAACAAGCCCGUCCUCCAGCCUGGCCACGCCCCUCACACAGGGGGGGCACCCCCAGCCCCCCUUUGGUGCUAACAGCUCUCCGCCCGGCGGCGUGAGGGUGGGGGCGGCCGGCAGAGGGUGCUGGGUUCAGGCUAGUGUGGGGUCUCUGCUGAAAGAGCAGCUUCCCUCCAGUCUCCCCACUUUGUGCCUUAGUAAACACUGUGCUUUGUA